AUGACAAAGUCCUGUCGGCCCCUUUUUAAUUUAGCCUCUAUUCAUUCAAGCUUUCAUACACCAUGUUAUCUCCCUAACUUCACAGCAUUAAAAGCGCCUUGGAUAUCAGACCCCAAGGAUAAAUUGCAACCAAAAUCUGAAUCAAAUACUGUUGAACUUGAAUCCUGUCAUCCAAUUAUAAAGGAAAAUAACAAAAUAGGUUCAGUUCGGGGUCUUGAUUCUACUGAAGCAUCCAAAGAAAAUCCAGGCAGUAUUAUUAGCUAUCGCUACAACGAUAGUAAAAUUCAGAUGCAUGCACAUGAUCGCUCAUAUCAAUUUGCUGAAAGUUAUGAAACACCUUUAUAUAGUACAUUUUGUGGUUCAGAACAACGUCGAAAACUAUUUCAUAGCUCAACUCCAUCUAAAGCUACUUUACUAUGGCCAGGAUCAGUAAAGGAAUCUGAAAAAAAUGGAAAAUCAACCUUUUCCAAGGUAUUAACUAGAAACAAAAACAAUAAUGUAGGCAUCGCAAAUCUGGAACCUGCUUGCUCAUCAAAGCCGCGAAAACGUCGAUUUUUGAUUAAUAAAACAACUUUUGAGAACAGGCGUCAACAUUAUAUCCGGUCCAUGGUUCAUCCGCAGCUCAUAAGCAGUUCUGAUUCAAACGACAUUAAAAAGAUUAAUGACCCUGAAUGCUACUGCAGUGGUUUUGAAUCUGAUCUAGUAAGAAAGCAGUUGGUAGAUAUUGGACUACUUGAUGUCAUAAAAAUGCGUCAGUUGGGUUAUCCCAUCCGUAUUCCAUUUGAUACCUUCAUAGAACGCUUUGUGGCUCUUUUCCCUCCUCCUUGCGAGCUUCAAGAACUAAUGAAUAAUCUCUUUCGACAACCAGAGAGCAAUAAUUAUACAAGACAAGCUCUAAAGGACCAAAUGACCCCGAACUGCAAUCUCUCGAAUACACAGAUUUGCGAAGAAAAACUAAAAAAUAUAUCCCCCAUAACCCAGAUUGAGCAUAAUUUGAUGGGAAAGGAUACUACAAUAUCAAAGCAUCUUGCUUCUGGUGCUACCAGUGUAGACCUUUUGAAUGAUUUGCCCGUCGGAACCAGCAAUGGUGUUCAUUUAAGUGAUAGAAAUGCCAUUGAAACAAGAGCAUUUAAUGGCCAAACCGUAUCAUUUGUUAGCCAAUUGAACAGGAUUAUUACAACUUUGAACCAAGUCGUCAAUGAUGUUACAAGCAGUCAUCCCAAUGAACAAAAGCAAUCCUUUGCAGCAAACGAGGAAGUUGAGGCUAAACAACUAGGUCGGUUUUGGUUGCAAUACUAUUUUUAA